AUGCGCAUCCAGCGACGUUGGGGGUGGGUUCUGAAAUAUCAGGACUUGACUCCUCUUGGACUUCGGCGACAUCGAGAGUACCUGGUGUUGUGGUGCUCCGAUGAUGUCGAUGCCGAUGCCGGUACUGCGUCGGGCGAGAUCUCCUUUUUUAGGCAGGCCCGACGGUCCCGGCAUCUCUACCUUGAGAGUCAGGGGCACUGGUUUUUUGAUGCUGGGGCCAAUCAUCAGCUGAUGCUGGCAGAUUUUUCCUGCCGCCCGCAAGGGUGUCGACGCUGGAUGCUGAGGUUUGGAUUCAACGCACAGCUCCAAGCUGCUUGGCUAAGGCUAAGGGUAUGA